CAAGCCAUGUGCAGUCUAGUGCUCCACCCCUCUACCCACCCCGUCCAACCCCCACCAAAAUACUAACCAAAUACAACACACUAGUUCAUUAUCUAGACUAUAAUAACUCGCUGGGGAUAGUGCUGGAAGUUUUUGUCUAACAUUUCUUUCAAAUACCAAGAUUAACGGAGUUGCAUAGUGAAAAAAACUGUAGGAAAGAGCUGGACUUAGGCCUGGAGCGACGGGCACAAGAUGCCUUUAUUUUAAACCCCUAAAAGUGUUGCAAAGUGUUUUUAACUUCAUAUAAAUAUUUAAGGAUCACAUGAACACAAUCCAGUACAAAUGGGUCCAGGAGCUUCAACGAGCGUUCCAGCUUCUUCGUAAUGUUCCCCUACUGGGCAACAAGCGGAGGGAAGAGAACUUCCGGCGCCCCCACCUACCGCUCCCCUGCUGUGUCCCACUGCCCUAAAUCUGCAGACUUGGUCGAUUGCUUCUGCCUGGGCGGUACCGCCCGAAUCGACUGCUCCUGUCUGACGCGUCCCCGGGCGCGGGAAACGAGUUUCAAUCCACUUUCCUGACCCCAACCAUCCUGCCCAGUGUCCGCCUCCCCGUCUUGUACACCCCUAACUCCCUGAGGCUCCUCCGAAUCACGCGAGUGGAAGCGGAGAAGCUCAAGUGGCCGCCAUGUCGGAGGCUUAUUUCCGAGUGGAGUCGGGUGCCCUGGGGCCUGAAGAGAACUUUCUUUCUUUGGACGACAUCCUGAUGUCCCACGAGAAGCUGCCGGUGCGCACGGAGACCGCCAUGCCUCGCCUUGGCGCUUUCUUCCUGGAGCGGAGCGCAGGCGCCGAGACUGACAACGCCGUCCCACAGGGUUCCAAGCUUGAACUCCCCUUGUGGCUGGCAAAAGGACUUUUUGACAACAAGCGACGGAUCCUUUCUGUGGAACUCCCCAAGAUCUACCAGGAGGGCUGGAGGACCGUGUUCAGUGCGGAUGCCAAUGUGGUGGACCUCCACAAAAUGGGGCCCCAUUUCUACGGGUUUGGCUCCCAACUCCUGCAUUUUGACAGUCCCGAGAAUGCAGACAUUUCCCAGUCUCUGCUGCAGACUUUUAUUGGACGUUUUCGCCGCAUCAUGGACUCCUCACAGAAUGCUUACAACGAAGACACUUCAGCCCUGGUAGCCAGGCUAGACGAGAUGGAGAGGGGCUUAUUUCAAACAGGGCAGAAAGGACUGAAUGACUUUCAGUGUUGGGAGAAGGGGCAGGCUUCUCAGAUCACAGCUUCCAACCUCGUUCAGAAUUACAAGAAGAGAAAAUUCACUGAUAUGGAAGACUGAAGGCCGGAAGAACACAGAGUGGCUCCUUGUAGACGUAGCCCUCCAUGUGUCCUUGAUAGGAGCUGGCUGACCUUGUACAGAACCAGAAUCUUGUCCCAUUUCGUGGCUUAUUCCCUGUGGCCAUAGGGAAUUAUAGGGAACUGGACAUGCUGGAGGAUGUGGGUGUCCCUGGCUCUGUGAGUCUUCCAGGACCGUCCCACCCUGCUGACCCACAGCCCAGACCCUUUAACCCAAAAACCCACGGCCAAGGAGAAAUCAAAGUCCUUCCUAAAUAAGAAUCACUGCCGUAUAAUAUAUCACAGUAGAGUUGAGACUGGGAUUCCUUGUAUCUGGGAGUUUGGACAGCUCCAGAUGUACAGUUUCACUAGCCACAAAGCACAGGUACAAACUGGGUCAUCUUCGCCUGGUCACAAAAUGUUCUCUCGAUCUUAUUUGCCUCAUCUUCCUCAUGUACCCCACCAUGCUGGCCUGACUAAAUAUCUCCUGCUGCCUGCCUGCAGGGAGUUACCCCAGUUUCCAAAAACAGUCACCCAGAUAAAGGAGGAAAAGAGAAAGGCAGACGAAUAGCAUGGCUUUUACUAAAGAAAAGAUAUUGGCCUCAUACUCUAUACUCAGGGCUUAAUGAACUGGAAUCUGCGGAACUCAGCAGUCAGCCCGGAAGGGAAAUGGUUAAACAGCUUAUUUUUUUGCCUCAGAGAGCCUAAGAGCACCCGCACACUUCUUCCACUCCCUGUCUAGAAAAGCUGUCAGGGAGUCACUUGGAAUUGCAAAGUAGUUAUUAAGGGGUGUUAACCAGCCUGCAUUACAUCCAGAAGUCAGGACUUGGUUGCUGACUGCGAAGGGCCCUGUUUUCGAAACCUAACAUUGCAAGUGUAAGACAGCAAGAAGGCUCCAUUGUGCUUUUCUUUCCUCUUCAGUAAAUGUUGCAACCUUAUUGCAUAGAAGAUCCCAGACCAUUUACUGGAACCUGGUUAAGCAAGCACAAAUCUCUUUUCCUGAAGAUCAAGGAUGCAACCUCAAGUUGAGAAAGAAACAGCAUUACCUGGGCCCAUUAGACCGUUCGCAGGGCUUCACUGCUUCCCCUCUGACACUCCACAAGUAGCAAAAAUUGUCUUUGUCAUUGGAAAUUAUAGAGGGAUUUGGGUAUCCAGAUUGUGUAGAUGCAAACUUAGAUUGUCUUGAUGCAAACUUAGAACCACAGCAAUGCUUUUAAAAUGCCUAUUUUAAGAUGGAAUUGAUGUUUUUAUAAUUUGAUUUUAGUGCUAAAUAAAUGAUGGACUUUGUACAUGAAUAUGUUCUGUACAAGUACUCUUUCUGUCACUAGUACUACAGAUAAUCAUCAAAGCUAUCAGAAUUUUGUCUUUGAUCAUAUUUGACAGUAAUGCACAAAUAAAUCCAUGUUU